UCGCCCAAAAAAAAUCAAAGUUCUGCCAAACAUGGCGUACAGCACACAGAAUGUGAUACUUUUGUUGGUCUUUCUGCUAGCUGUGAGAGGGCCUUCCACAGUGGAGCCGCAACAGAGCAGAGACGACCAAUCGUAUAAGAUUAACCGGACUCAAGCAAUGCAGUCGCAUAUAGAAAACAAAUCUACAACUCAGAGUUCCAGCGCAGGUUCAACAGGCAACACGCCCAAAUAUGCAAACAGCAAUAGGCAAUUAAGUACUCUUCUACGUAGAUUAUCAUACCAUCUGGAGAGGCAAAAGGAUGCCAUGAAACGGCAGGAGGCAGACAUAAUAAGACUUCAAGAUGACAAACGCGCAUUGGCAAGGGAAUGCGAUCAAAAUAAGCGCUAUAUAGAUGAGCUGAUCGCACAAAUAUCAGAGUUGAAAUCUAAGCUAAGUGCCGAACAAUCCAGCAUGGAACAACUAAAGCAGUGCGCACCCAGGAAUUGUUUGGCCUUGGCCAAGCGCACACAACAAGUGGGAGCUAGUCAUGUGCCAGGCAGGGGCUACAUUUCCCCUCCCAGUCAAGAUGAAUCACAGGCUGACGCCGGCUGGACUGUUAUCCAGCGACGCUUAGACGGCAGCGUUAACUUUUAUCGCAACUGGAGCGAUUAUCAAAUCGGUUUUGGCAAUAACCAAGCCGAGUUCUUCAUAGGUUUGGAGACCCUGCACCACUUGACGAGCGCCAAGGAGCAUGAGCUGCUUAUCAGACUAACGGAUUUUGCGAAUGAAAUCCGCUUUGCGCAGUAUAAUCAGUUUUUAGUGGGCAACGCCCAAGAGCUAUAUGAACUGAAAUCUCUGGGCAAUUACUCAGGUAAUGCGGGCAACGCUUUGAUCUAUAACCUGCACCAAAAAUUCAGCACAUACGAUCGUGAUAAUGACUACGAUGAGGACAAUUGCGCUGAAGACAUGCACAGCGCCUGGUGGUAUCGCGCUUGUGGCGCCAGUGACCUCAACGGAGUGUAUGUGAAGCAAAGUGUACCUGAUUACCAUGCGGAUAAGGGCAUACUUUGGGCUGGCUCAGACUGGCACGACUGGGAGUAUUCAUUCAAAUCUGUUACCAUGAUGAUUAGACCGAAAUUAGUAUCGAGAAAUUAAAGUGAUAUUAAUAAACUGUUAUUAGUUAUCUGCUCAGUAACAUUAACUUUACUUUUAGAUAGCUUGUAACUGCUAACAUAAUAUUCCUUUUAAAAUGUGAAUGUGCCCAACACAAUAAAUAUUAUAGCUGAUUUAU